GAAGCGCUUGAUAAUUGGAUCUGAAUUAGUCAUUGAGAACAUCAGUGAAUUCGUCAAAUUUGAAUUAAGACACUCGAGCCCAGCCCAGAGGCCCGAGGGACAGCCAGGGAAUAAGUCCCACUCAGCUGUCAGACUCGGAAGCAAGCGGGAUCGGUUACGAACCCUUAAUGGAUCGCAAAUCUACAGGAUUACAAAGACUUGCCUAAAAUCGGAAGGAAUAAAAGCCAUUGAAGACACCACCUCUUCCUUUCCAGCCACUGCUAGUUCGCUGUCGUUGGGAGUCAGUGGACAGCUACACGUACACACAAACUACACAGGCCGUAUCGUGGGAGGUGUGGAAGCCAGGCCAGGAGAAUUUCCCUUCCAGGUGUUCCUCAGUGUCACGAAGUUCGGGACUCAGUUCCUAUGUGGAGGCGCCCUUUUAGACGAGUCCAGAGUCCUGACGGCGGCGCACUGUCUCGAGGGCGUGGCGGCUCCCGAGGACAUCGUGGCCGUGGCUGGAGAACACAAUAUCUUAGAGGAAGAGGGACCCCGAACAGUAAUUUCUUUUUUCAUAUGCAAGGAGCGGCCAGUGGUUGCAAUGAUUCCUCAUGAGGCUUAUCAAGGAGAUUCCAAAUUGGGCGCCGAUGUUGCUGUGUUGCAGGUAGCUCCUCCCUUCACCCUGGGGGAGCGGGUGUCCGUGGCCCCCUUGCCAGACGUGGGCUAUGACCCCCCUGCAGGAAGUACUUGCACGAUCUUGGGCUGGGGCACCACGGCAGAGAGUGGCUCGGUGUCUCCCGUGCUCCUGAAAGCAACCUUGCAAGUGGAGGGACGUGACGUCUGCAAGGAGAUCAUCAGCGGCUCCAGACCCACAGCUGUUGUCGACUCCUCUGUUAUCUGCGCAGGUGGCGACGGUGUCCACGAUACGUGUCAGGGGGACUCCGGUGGACCCCUCUACUGCGAUGGGGUCGUGGCUGGGGUGGUGUCCUGGGGUCUCGGCUGCGCUCGCCCUGGCUUCCCUGGGGUCUACACGAACGUCGCCCAUUGGCUGGAAUGGAUCAAUGGACACCGGGUGUAGGUCCCGGAUGUGAAUGGAUGCGGGAAAUCACGUGUUAAAUUCAUUCAUCUUUUUU